GUGGUCAAAAGUGUCAUGAUUCAUUGAGUCUUGCAAGACUUAGUACUGGUUGGUCACGGAUAUCCCUAGGCUUUUGUCCAUUGUGAAGAUUCUUCCCGAAUCAGUGGCUCGAAAAUUGCCCAAAUCUCUUCGUAAGAGGAUGGGCAAAGGGGAGAAGACCCUGGAAUCGGAGGCCGAGGAAUAUGUGGAAGAAGUGAAAAAUUACAUCGACACUCAUGGCGAUCGAUCCGUGCCCGCUGUGGUGAAGAAAAUGGUCAAGGAUCUGGCCAAGCGACCGGCUUCCCAGCAGAUCGCCGUGAGUGCGACCGGUGGGUGGAUCACGGGCUAUCUCACCAUGAAAGUGGGCAAGAUGGCGGCCACCGUGUUCGGCGGGUCUCUGAUCCUCCUACAGAUUGCUAGUCAUAAAGGCUACAUCAAAAUCGAUUGGAAUCGCAUGGGAUCUGAAUCGCGCUCCAUUUCGGAUCGUGUCCGUCAAAACUUGCGCUUCCAAAGUCGUUCGGGAUUUGAGCGAUUUUGCGAUUUCGCCUCUGAAAACGCCCCCAUUGCAGGUGGAUUCACCGGCGGAUUUUUCCUCGGAAUCGCUUCCUCGUAGAGAUCAUUGUUUACAUCAACUAUCUAUGUAUCAACUAUUUGCCCGUCAGAUCAGCAUCAAAGAAUAUAGCGAUUCAAUCAGA